GUGGUUACGCGACGCCAUCUUUCAUGUUGUUGUAUCGAAUGCCGCUCUAUUACUUCCAUGGCGACGUUGUCGAGAUCUAAAGGGGCGCGAUCUGCGUCUCCACUUAGGAACAGCACGCCAGACAAUCUACGUCGUUCUGGAAGCUUUGGUAAAUCGAGUGGGAAAAACUUACAUUUAGCUGCUUCGUUUGAUUCCAAAUCGAGAAAACAUGCAAGAUCUUCCUCUUCCACAACGGAAAUUGGAAACAUUGAAAAUGAGUACAUUAGGAAUCUUCAACAACAGAUUUACUUCCUUGAAUUGGAAGCUAACUAUCUACGAGAACAAGCAAGGAAAGCAUCAGCCAUUCCACCUCGCGUCACUGAGGAAGCAGAUCGUAUGAUGCGGAAGCUGCGAGAUCUUCAGACUCAAGUGGAUGAACGAUCCUCAGAUGUUGCCAGGAAAGAAUCUCAAAUGCACAUGUUGGAGGCAGAGAAAGAAUCUGCCAUCAAACGCCUCAGGGAUGCUGAAGAGUCUCACGCAGCAGAGAAGCGUCAGUUAGUGAAUGAGAUAGUCUCGCUGAAAAAGAUGUCUGACCUACGUGAACGUGAAAGUGCAAGACGAGAUGUGCAGGUACAUCAGUACAAGAGUGAAGCUGAUAAAGGGCUGACUGCUUUACAAGAAGCAGAGAGAAAAGUGCAAAACUACAGAAUAGAGCUUGACCACAAGACUGAAGAUUUGAACAAUGUAAGAAUUGAACUAGAAGAGAAGAGAGCAGAAUGUUUAAAGCUUAAGACGCAGCUGCAAGAGAUGGACGACAAGUUUUUUGACUCUCAAGCAAAAACAAAGGAGGAGUUAGGAAGGGCACUCAGGGAAGAGAUACGCCAAUUAAGACUACAAUUAAAAGAAAAAGAAAUAAAUGCUGAACAGGACAGAAGCUUGAGAAACAAGAUCCAGGAUGAUUGCACGGCGUUAAUCAAAGAAAAUGCUGCUAUAUCUGCUCAGGUCGUAGAACUUAGAAAACAAAUAGACAUGGAUCGUGCUCAUAAGGACGAGAAAGAUUUUCGUCGACACGCAAACAUCCAAGAGCUUGUGACUCUGAAAGAAAGCGAGAAACACUUACAGCAUGAGCUUGAACGAGUCAAGGAGCUGCUAAAAAUUGAACAGCAAAAUCACAGGGAGACCCUUGCCAAGUUGUCAAGAGAAGAGCAAGCUUCCCUAGAAGCGAACUUGAAGCGAACUCAACUCCGUAACGAAUUAAACGAAGUGGAGGGACACCAAGACUCAACUAACUCAGAGAACGUGGCUCUAAAGAGAGAUAAACUACUCCUCGCUGACGAAGUAGCGAACUUAAACGCAAAGCUUGACGAACGUGACGAAGAAGUGGAGCGCCUCAAACUGCGACUUGAAGACUCCGAGUCGCGCUGCUCGCAUAUGGAAUCCAAAGUUCGAAUGCAACGAAGCUUGGAAUCCAUCAAAUGGGAAGAGUUUGAGAAGCUGGCCACAACCAUGAGAGAAUUCUCCCGCUCGAUGAGUCCAUCAAAAAGUGGUAGCUUGGUGGAUUACUAGACGUGUUUCCUUUUUUAACUUUUCAGUUCUUCUCGAAUGCAAAACUAACCUCAUUAUUUGGUCUGACAGAGAUUCCCUUGGUUAGGAGCUGUUAUAAAUUCGUCUUGGUUUUAUAUUCUGAUAAGUUCAUUCUGUAAUUCCAGAGCGCUGUGGUAUCUUUGCUUAUUUGCAACGUUACACGGCGAGUUGCAGCAACCUUUACAGUGCCAUGGACACCAAAGGCCUUAAAAGGCAUCAUAUGCCCAUCGCAAAAGGCCUUUUGCAGUUAGUGGCCUAUGUGCAAGUACAAAACUCAUGUUACUUGAGAGAAAAUGAGGAGGAAAAUUUCAGUCCGUUUGCCUUUUUGGCGUCUAAGGCGAAUUUGCUUGAGAGAGAAUUGCGCAUUAGAGUAUUCAGUUCGAUAGGAAAGGAAUUUAAAUUCGUUUGCCGUUUUGGAUACCUGGGCGCAAAUUCGCCCUCCAGGAAGGUCUUUGAUAUCUAAGAUUACUGACUGAAAUGGGCCUGUUUAAACUGUAAACAUUUUCAUAUUAGUGUAUCAGCUUUGAUCUGUUCUGGAGUUUUGUCAGUGAAUGAGCUGACAAAGACUUUGAAGCUCCGUUUACUGACUCAACGAUCUGGUCUUCACAACGAGAAAAACGUAAGCACAAGCCAGCAUAUGAGCUGUGCGGUGGUGCUUUUCGUUAGAAUCCUUCAGAGCAAGUGACGUUAUGAUAAACACGCCUGCUCGACUAGUUUUUGAAAACCAGCCUCA